UCGCUAUGUGGUUUAAGUGGGUGAAGUUUGACAAUCAGUGACGUUUGCCAUUAGCCAUUUUGCUGUGCUGUGUGUAAGUUCAAACUUAUUCAAAAAUAAAGAGAAGUGUUGGUUUUAUUCUUGAAGGGGAAGCUUUAUUCUAAACAUUGAAUGAGAUUGGGUUGAAAAAAGAUCAUCAAAAUGGAUCAAAUUCCUCCUCCAAAGGAGAUAAAAAUCUUGGAGACAGCCGAAGACAUCCAAGAGCGGAGACAACAAGUUUUAAAUCGCUACGAUAACUUUAAAGCUGACGCGAGAGCUAAAAGAGAAAAAUUAGAGGACUCCCGACGUUUCCAAUACUUCAAACGAGACGCAGAUGAAUUAGAAUCAUGGAUUUUAGAGAAAUUAAAGGCCGCUUCCGACGAAAGUUACAAAGACCCGACUAAUUUGCAAGCAAAAAUCCAAAAGCAUCAAGCUUUCGAAGCGGAAGUUUCAGCUCAUAGCAAUGCAAUCGUCGUUUUAGACAACACCGGACGUGAAAUGAUUAACCAAAAUCAUUAUGAAUCAGAAACGAUUCGCAAACGCUUGGAGGAAUUACAUAGACUUUGGGAACAACUUCUUUCAAAGUUAGCUGAGAAAGGAAUGAAACUCCAACAAGCUUUGGUUUUGGUCCAAUUUUUACGACAAUGUGACGAGGUUAUGUUUUGGAUCACAGAUAAAGGAACGUUUUUGCAAACGGAAGAAUUUGGGCAUGAUUUAGAACACGUCGAGGUUCUACAAAGAAAAUUCGACGAAUUUCAAAAAGACAUGGCCUCGCAAGAAUAUCGCGUCAACGAGGUUAAUGAAUUAGCUGAUAAAUUGGUUAUGGAGGGCCACCCAGAUCGCGAAACAAUUUUAACAAGAAAAGAGGAGCUUAAUAACGCUUGGGCCCGAUUGAAACAACUUUCAUUAAUGCGCCAAGAAAAACUUUUUGGAGCCCAUGAAAUUCAACGCUUUAAUAGAGACGCUGAUGAAACGGUAGCUUGGAUCGCCGAAAAAGACGUUGUUUUAAGCUCUGAUGAUUAUGGAAGAGAUUUAGCGAGCGUACAAACUCUUCAGCGCAAACACGAAGGUGUUGAGAGGGAUUUAGUUGCUUUGGAGGAUAAAGUUUUGACUCUUGGGAAGGAAGCUGAUCGGUUGUGUGGGAUCCAUGCGGAUCAUGCUGGGCAAAUUCAGGCUAAACGUGCCGAAAUUGAAGCUUAUUGGGAGCGAUUAACGGCGAAGGCUAAAGAGAGGAGGGAAAAAUUGGAUGAGAGUUAUUCGUUGCAUCGAUUUUUAGCCGAUUUCCGCGAUUUAGUUUCAUGGAUUAAUGAUAUUAAAGCUACAAUUUCGGCUGAUGAAUUAGCCAAAGAUGUAACGGGGGCUGAAGCUUUAUGCGAGAGGCAUCAAGAGCAUCGCGGCGAAAUUGACGCGAGACAAGACAGUUUUGCAGCGACGAUUUCCGCGGGGCAACAACUUUUAGAAGGUGGCCAUUACGCCACAGACGAGGUUAAAGAGAAAUUAUCGACUUUAGAAUCGGAUAAAAAUUCGUUAUCGACUUUGUGGGAGGAAAGGAGGGUUUUGUAUGAACAAUGCAUGGAUUUGCAAUUGUUUUAUAGGGACACUGAGUUGGCAGAUACUUGGAUGGCUAAACAAGAAGCGUUUUUGGCUAAUGAAGAUUUAGGGGAUUCUUUAGAUUCGGUUGAAGCUUUAAUCAAAAAGCAUGAGGAUUUCGAGAAAUCGUUGGCGGCUCAAGAGGAAAAGAUUAAAGCCCUCGAUGAAUUCGCGACGAAAUUAAUCGAUGGUCAACAUUACGCAGCUGAUGAUGUGGCGCAAAGACGCGCGAUGCUUUUGGAACGUCGCUCUGCGUUAAAGGAAAAAUCGGCGCAAAGAAAAGCUUUGCUUGAGGACGCUUAUAAAUUACAGCAAUUUGAAAGAGAUUGCGACGAAACUAAAGGAUGGAUUAAUGAGAAACUUAAAUUUGCAACUGAUGAGAGUUAUUUAGACCCGACUAAUUUAGGGGGGAAAGUGCAAAAACAUCAAAAUUUCGAGCAGGAGUUAAACGCGAAUAAAACCCGCAUGGAGGAGAUCACCCAAACUGGGAAGAAAUUAAUCGAAAGCGAGCAUUACGCAUCGCCUCAAAUCCAAUCGAGGAUGGAAGAAAUUGUUAGUUUGUGGGAAACUUUAGUCCAAGCGACGGAUAAAAAAAGUUCUAAGCUACAAGAAGCAAGUCAACAACAACAAUACAAUAGAACGAUUGAAGAUAUUGAGUUGUGGCUAUCAGAAAUUGAAGGUCAAUUAAUGUCGGAGGAUUACGGAAAAGAUUUAACCUCAGUUCAAAACUUACAAAAAAAACACAACCUUUUAGAAGCCGACGUAGGGGCCCACCAAGACCGCAUCGAAACCAUCAAAGCGGCCGCUAACCAAUUCAUCGAACGCGGUCAUUUCGACUCCGAAAACAUCGCACAAAAACAAAAAAUUUUAACCGACCGUUACUCAGCCCUCCAAAACCCAAUGGCAGUCCGAAAACAACGCCUUUUAGACUCCCUCCAAGUCCAACAACUUUACAGAGACGUCGAAGACGAAGAGGCGUGGAUCCGCGAGAAAGAACCAAUCGCGGCUAGUACAAACAGAGGAAGAGAUUUAAUCGGAGUUCAAAAUUUAAUCAAAAAACAUCAAGCGGUUUUAGCCGAAAUUAAUAACCACGAUAAUCGCAUUUCCGCCGUAAUCGAAGCGGGGAAACAAAUGAUGGAGGAUGAUCAUUUCGCAAGCGACGACAUUAGAAAUCGCGUUAACGCCUUACACGACCAUUGGUUCUCAUUGAAAGAAAAAGCGAAUCAAAGAAAACAAGAUUUAGAAGACUCCCUCCAAGCGCAUCAAUAUUACGCAGACGCAAACGAAGCGGAAUCAUGGAUGAAAGAAAAAGAACCCAUCGUCGGUAGCACCGAUUACGGAAAAGACGAAGAUUCCUCCGAGGCUUUACUCAAAAAACACGAAGCUUUAAUGAGCGAUUUAACAGCCUUUGGAAACACAAUCGAAGGAUUAAAAGAACAAGCCGCAUCAUGCCGCCAACAAGAACCCCCCGUCGUCGAUGUAACCGGAAAAGAAGCCGUCGUUGCGUUAUACGAUUACACAGAAAAAUCCCCGCGAGAAGUUUCAAUGAAAAAAGGGGACCUAUUAACACUCCUAAACUCAAAUAAUAAAGAUUGGUGGAAAGUCGAAGUUAACGACCGUCAAGGAUUCGUACCAGCGGCUUACGUCAAAAAAUUAGAAGCCGGAUUAACAGCAUCCCAACAAAACUUAGUCGAUAACAACUCAAUUUCAGCGCGACAAGCUCAAAUUAACUCCCAAUACGAUCGAUUAUUACAAUCAGCACGCGAACGACAAAAAAAAUUAAGCGAAACCGUAAAAGCUUACGUCUUAGUCCGCGAAGCUUCCGAAUUAACAGCUUGGAUACGCGACAAAGAAAUGCACGCCCACGUCGAAGACGUCGGCGAAGAUCUCGAACAAGUUGAAGUCCUCCAAAAAAAAUUCGACGAUUUCCAAACCGAUUUGAAAGCCAACGAAGUUCGUUUAGCCGAAAUGAACGAAAUCGCGAUGCAACUCGUUUCGUUGGGACAAACUGAAGCUGCUCUUAAAAUCCAAACUCAAAUGGAAGAUUUAAAUACAAAAUGGGCUUCUUUGCAGCAAUUAACCAGCGAACGGGCUACCCAAUUAGGAUCGGCUCAUGAAGUACAACGUUUUCAUCGUGAUGUUGAUGAAACUAAAGAUUGGAUUCAGGAGAAAGAUGAAGCGUUAAAUAACGACGAUUUAGGUAAAGAUUUGAGGAGUGUUCAAACUUUACAAAGAAAACACGAAGGAAUCGAACGCGAUUUAGCCGCUUUAGAAGAUAAAAUCAAACAAUUAGAGGAAACUGCGACGAGAUUGAUGCAAACUCAUCCCGAAUCCGCUGAACAAACUUACACAAAACAAAAAGAAAUUAAUGAAUUGUGGAGUCAAUUGACGGCUAAAGCGAAUAGUAGGAAAGAAAAGUUAUUGGAUUCGUAUGAUUUGCAACGAUUUUUGAACGAUCAUCGUGAUUUAUUAGCCUGGAUUAAUUCUAUGUUAGGUCUUGUUAGUUCUGAAGAACUAGCUAAUGAUGUAACCGGAGCUGAAGCUUUAAUUGAAAGACACCAGAAUUACAGAGCGGAAAUCGAUGCUCGAUUUGGUGCUGUACCUCAGGAACACCGAACGGAAAUUGAUGCAAGAGCUGGAACUUUUAACGCUUUAGAACAAUUUGGGCAACAAUUACUCAAUUCUAAUCAUUACGCGAGUCCCGAAAUUCAAGAGAAAUUGGAGCAACUCCAUAAAGCGCGCGAAGAAUUAGAAAGAGCAUGGAUCGAACGCCGCGUCCAAUUAGACCAAAACUUGGACCUAAAUCUUUACUACAGAGAUUGCGAGCAAGCCGAAAAUUGGAUGUCCGAUCGCGAAGCUUUCUUAGCAGCGGAAGAAGUCGACUCGAAAGGUGAUAACGUGGAAGCUCUGAUCAAAAAACACGAAGAUUUCGAUAAAGCUAUCAAUGCGCAUGAAGAAAAGAUAGCAGCUUUGCAAACUCUCGCGGAUCAAUUGAUCAAUAAUGAGCAUUACGCGUCUCAACAAAUCGAUGAUAAACGUAAGCAAGUUUUAGAUCGUUGGAGACACCUUAAAGAGGCUUUAAUUGAGAAGCGCUCAAAACUUGGUGAAAGCCAAACUUUGCAGCAGUUUUCUCGCGAUGCUGAUGAAAUUGAAAAUUGGAUUGCUGAAAAACUUCAAUUGGCAACAGAAGAAAGUUACAAGGAUCCAGCUAAUAUCCAAUCAAAACAUCAAAAACACCAAGCUUUCGAGGCUGAAUUAGCAGCGAAUGCAGAUAGAAUUCAAUCGGUUUUGGCUAAUGGAGGAACUUUAAUUGAUAAGAGGCAAUGUGCUGGUUCUGAAGACGCCGUCCAAAAACGCUUAGAAUCAAUUGCUGAACAAUGGGAGUAUUUAACCCAAAAAACCAGCGAGAAAUCGUUAAAAUUAAAAGAAGCAAAUAAACAAAGAACUUACAUCGCAGCAGUAAAAGACUUAGACUUUUGGUUGGGUGAAGUUGAAAGUUUAUUAACCAGUGAAGAUGCGGGAAAAGAUUUAGCAUCCGUACAAAAUUUAAUGAAAAAACACCAAUUAGUCGAAGCUGAUAUUCAAGCCCACGACGAUCGUAUUAAAGACAUGAACGAUCAAGCGGAUUCUUUAAUCGAAAGCGGCCAAUUUGACACCGCUAAUAUCCAAGAAAAACGACAAUCCAUUAACGAGCGAUACGAACGGAUUAAAAACUUAGCCGCCCAUCGCCAAGCAAGAUUAAACGAAGCAAACACUUUGCAUCAAUUCUUUAGAGACAUCGCCGAUGAGGAAUCUUGGAUUAAAGAGAAGAAAUUAUUAGUUGGUUCCGAUGAUUACGGCCGCGAUUUAACCGGUGUUCAAAACUUGAAGAAAAAACAUAAACGUUUAGAAGCCGAAUUAGGCUCGCACGAACCCGCGAUUCAAGCCGUCCAAGAAGCAGGAGAAAAAUUAAUGGACGUCUCUAAUUUGGGGGUACCCGAAAUUGAGCAACGAUUAAAAGCUUUGAAUCAAGCUUGGGCUGAAUUAAAACAAUUAGCUGCAACUCGGGGUCAAAAAUUAGACGAGUCAUUAACUUAUCAACAAUUUUUAGCGAAAGUUGAAGAAGAAGAAGCUUGGAUUAGCGAGAAACAACAACUUUUAGGCGUCGAAGAUUACGGAGAUACGAUGGCCGCGGUUCAAGGUUUAUUAAAAAAACACGACGCUUUUGAAAUGGAUUUCCAAGCUCAUCGAGAUCGUUGCAAAGACAUAAGCGAAGCUGGAAAGAAAUUAGUUUCAGAGGGUAACCACCACGCUGAUAGCAUCAACCAGCGUUGUCAACAACUUCAAACUAAAUUAGAUCAUUUAGCUGCUUUGGCCGCGCGGCGUAAAGCGAAAUUAAUCGAUAAUUCGGCGUAUUUACAAUUUAUGUGGAAAGCGGAUGUCGUUGAAAGUUGGAUUGCCGAUAAAGAAACUCACGUUAAAAACGAAGAUUUCGGAAGAGAUUUAUCAUCGGUUCAAACUUUAUUAACUAAACAAGAAACUUUCGACGCCGGUUUAACCGCGUUCGAACACGAAGGAAUUCAAAACAUAACAGCUUUAAAAGAUCAAUUAAUUAACGCAAAUCACGAUCAAAGCCCAGCGAUUGUUCAAAGACACGCCGAUGUGAUCGGGCGUUGGCAAAAACUUUUAAACGAUUCCGAUGCCCGAAAACAACGUCUCUUACAAAUGCAAGAACAAUUCAGACAAAUCGAAGAAUUAUUCUUAACGUUUGCUAAACGAGCUUCUGCGUUUAAUUCGUGGUUUGAAAACGCUGAGGAGGAUUUAACCGACCCCGUUCGUUGUAAUUCAAUCGAAGAAAUUAAAGCGUUAAGAGAGGCUCACGAACAAUUUCAAGCGUCGUUAAAAACCGCCCAAGCCGAUUUUGAAGCUUUAGCCGCGUUGGAUCAACAAAUUAAAAGCUUUAACGUUGGCCCGAAUCCAUACACUUGGUUUAAUAUGGAAGCUUUGGAAGAAACGUGGAGGAAUUUGCAAAAAAUUAUUGCCGAGCGAGAUGUUGAGUUAACCAAGGAAGCUCAAAGGCAGGAGGAAAACGAUAAGUUGCGGAAAGAAUUUGCUAAACACGCGAAUACUUUCCAUCAGUGGUUAACGGAAACUCGUUAUCGACUUCUCGGUUGGGAUGGUACUUCAAUGAUGGAAGGAUCCGGUUCGUUGGAACAACAACUUGAGGCAACCAAACGUAAAGCAGCUGAAGUUCGAGCUCGUCGCGCUGAUUUGAAGAAAAUUGAAGAUCUUGGAGCUAUUUUAGAGGAACAUUUAAUUCUUGAUAAUCGUUACACGGAGCAUUCAACAGUUGGGUUGGCCCAACAAUGGGAUCAACUCGAUCAAUUGGGGAUGAGAAUGCAACAUAAUUUGGAGCAACAAAUACAAGCGCGUAAUCAAUCGGGUGUUAGUGAGGAUGCUCUUAAAGAGUUUUCGAUGAUGUUUAAACAUUUCGAUAAGGAGAAAUCGGGAAAACUUAAUCACCAAGAAUUUAAGAGUUGUUUGAGAGCGUUGGGUUAUGAUUUACCCAUGGUUGAGGAAGGACAACCCGAUCCGGAAUUUGACGCGAUUUUAGAUGUUGUUGAUCCAAACCGCGAUGGGCACGUGUCGUUGCAGGAGUAUAUGGCGUUUAUGAUUAGUAAGGAAACGGAGAAUGUGCAAAGUUCUGAAGAAAUUGAAAAGGCGUUUAGGGCCAUCACAGCUGGGGAUCGACCAUAUGUUACUAAAGAAGAAUUAUAUGCGAACCUUACGAAAGAGAUGGCGGAUUAUUGUGUGCAAAGAAUGAAGCCGUAUACAGAACCUCGGACGGAACGGCCGAUUGCGGGGGCUUUAGAUUAUAUAGAUUUUACGCGUACCCUCUUCCAAAAUUAAUAGAUUUCGCCCCCGGUUUUAAAUAUAUUAAUAAUAUUGUAGGUGCAGUUGUGCAUGAUUAAAUUGUUAGGAUUAAAAAUGGUCGAAGUUAAUAUAUUAAAUAAAAAUUAAUGAGAAACUUGAAUUCAUUCAAAAAUUUGUUGAAUAAUUUCAACCUUGCCUUAAAAAUUUCAUGAAAGAAAGUUAUUUUCUCAGAAUACUAAUAAUAAAGCUGAUUUAAUUGCGUUUAUUAGAACUUUUACCGUUUCUACAUUUAUAUUAUUGUAUUUUGCUUGCACUAUAUGCUUGCAGGUGACAGUGUUCUUUUUUUACUCUUUUCCAAUAUGCAAUAAGAAGUGUAUUUCAAUUAAUGUUCAAAAACUAAAUAUAUUGCUUAACUUUAAAA